AUGGCAACUGCUGCAGAUGCAGGCGAAUUCAGUUCCUUGUCAUCUAGAGAGGAUGAAUUAGACUUGACGUCUGAAACCUUCAAUCCCCUGAAGGCAUUACGUGCAGAUAGUGUGGAAAUACCAAUCCCGAGAGCCAAGAUUUACGACAAUUUGGAUCAGUUUCGUAGGCAUGUGCUAGAAGGUCAAGCUUCUGUUGGUGUUCCACGACCUGGAGGAAGCUCCAAGAGCGCCAAGAAACUUCAAAAACCUCAAUGCUUGCACAGUGGUACCGCAGAGGAGACACCAACCCUUCCUGAGAAAGAGUCAACAGUUCAGAAAAGGAACGUGUUGACCAGAAUGAAAAGUUACAGUUGUGGGCCAUUAGGAAGGCUGCGGGAGAUUGUGGAUCAGAGAAAAAGAGUCAGAGUGUGGACCAGGAAUUAUAAAGAGAUGAGGGGACACUGUACUGGUUUCCUCAUAAUUUUUGACAAGCAUUGGAACCUAGUGUUGGUUGAUGUUGAAGAAGUUUUCCAAAGGAAGCUCCAUAGGAAGCCCCUCUUGCCUGAAGGGAAACUGAGGGGAGAAUUUGUUAAGCGAAUGAACCUAGAGGAUACCAAAGGGGAAACAGAGAAAGGGGAUUUUUCUGUUAUGAAGGCUGACCUGGAUGACAUUUUUAUAGACAUGGAUUCUGAUGAUGAUGAUAAUCCAAGGCUGUCAUCAGAAGCUCUUUCUGCUUUAUUGGAAUUUUAUGCUGAAGAGAAAGCACAACAAGAGAAGGCAAUCAGUGUCUUAUCUGGUGAUGAUGAAAGGCACUCUAACAUUCAGAUACAGUCUAUGACUGACCUGUUCCCUGAAAACUGGCAACUGAGUCAGUUUUGGUAUGCAGAGGAGACAAUAGGAGCCUUAUCCAGAGAAGUCAUCAGCCAAGUUCCUGAAGGAAACGUUGCCUGCAUCUCUUGUCCCUCGUUAUUUCUGGGUCUCCUCAAAUCUCAAUUCACAAGAUGUGUCCUAUUUGAACAUGACAGUCGAUUCAAUGUCUUUGGAGAACGCUUUAUCCACUAUGACUAUAAAUCUCCAUUGUCUGUACCCAGGGACUUCGAAGCAUCAUUCACUCUUGUAAUAGCAGAUCCACCAUUCCUCUCAGAGGAUUGUCUUGCCAAAAUGGGAAGCACAAUCAAAUUCCUUCUCUGUCCCAGGGGAAAAAUUAUUCUUUGCACAGGAGUGGUGAUGGAGGAAACUGUAUCCAGAUUCCUGCAUUUGCAUCGCAGCAUAUUUAUUCCCAAACACAAGAAUAACCUUGGAAAUGAGUUUGCCUGUUUUGCAAAUUAUGACAUUGACUCUUCCAUGAGCAUGGCAUGACUUUUUUGGGCAGAAAAGUCAGCUUGUGUCAGAGACAACA